AUGUCGCAGCCUCCAGGAACCUAUCUCAUUGAGGAUCUUUACCGAGAUGCUAAAGUCAUUCUUCAACCUCGACCAUCCAGCGAUCCCAAUGAUCCCCUGAACUGGCCGAGAUGGCGGAAGCAGGUCAACUUCGCCCUCGUGUCCCUUUACGUCCUCUUGGUCUACGCCAUGAUUGACGUCGUCACCGUCACAUGGUCCUCGAUGAACUUGGAUCUUGGCUUUAGCUACGAAAUCCUCAACGAUAGCUACGCCGCAGGUUGUGGAGCGCUUUGUGUGGGCGGCGUCUUGUUUCUGCCAUUUGCCUUGAAGUAUGGCCGCCGGCCUGUCUACAUCCUGAGCUUGCUUAUCCAAGCGGGGGUGAGUAUCUGGUCCGCAAAGCAACAGAACGUCGCCGAUCUCGUGCUAGUCAACACCUUGUGCUGCUUGGUCGGUGCGUUGGCGGAGGUCAUGGCACAGAUGACCGUGGUGGAUAUCUUUUUUGUGCAUCAACGUGGCCGGAUGAACAGCUUCUAUGUCUGGACUCUCACCAUCGGAUCAUCUUUAGCCCCCCUGGCCGCCGGUUACGUGACGGGGUCACAGGGCUGGCGAUGGGUCUGGUGGUGGAUGGCCAUCUUGCUUGGAGGCUGCGCUCUAGUCUUCUUCUUUUGUUAUGAAGAGACGAAAUAUGAAGGCCACAUGAUUCUCGGCAUCCCGCAGACCAGCCAUGCCCGUGAGCAAGCUGAUCCAGUGGCCGAGACCGAAGACGCAAAGCCAGACCCCUCGUGUGUCGUCGAUGUCGAACCUCCGACCGAUCACGAGCUUGAAGACCCUGCUUCCGAAGUCAGGAUCGACCCGACAAUACCAAAAAAGUCGUACAGAAGUCGGCGGGCUCUCUGGACCUCUUCACCGACAUCUCUGCGUUCCUUAUUCAGACAUAGCUACCAGCCAUUCCUUAUCCUGGUCAACAUCCCUGCCGUGUCCUACAUGGCCAUUCUGAACGGAGCGACGACAUCUGCCGCACUCAUUCCCAUCACGGUCUAUUCAACAUACAUGACCUUGCCGCCCUACAAUUUCAGUCCCGAGCAGAUUGGGCUUCUCGGAAUUCCCGCCUUCGUCGGCACCAUGCUGGCCGCCCUCAUCUGCGGGCCUCUCAGCGAUUGGAUGAUCCUUCGCCUGGCGAAACGAAACCAUGGCAUCUAUGAGCCCGAGAUGCGGCUUUGGCUGAUCUUGGCCUUCACUCCGUUUGUGGCCGCCGGACUGUUGAUGUUUGGUAUUGGUCUCAAUAACGGCCUGCCAUGGCCUUUUGUGUGCGUGGGUCUUGGAUUGGCCGCGUUUGGGGCCACCCCGGCCAACGGUCUAUCGUUGACCUAUCUGACCGAUGCCUACGGUGAGAUAAUCUGUGACUCCCUUAUCGCGGUCGUCUUCGUCAAGAAUCUUUUUCCGACGAUUCUGGUGUUUGCGUUGACUCCGUGGAUUGAAGGGGUGGGACUGUCGAAUGUCUUCAUCACCGUAGCGGUCAUCGUCGCCGCCAUCCUGCUCGGGAACUUCAUCUUCAUCAUGUUUGGCAAGCGUUUCCGUAUCAGAUGUGCGGCAAAGUAUCGUUCCUAUGCGGGGCAUGCUUUGAAAGGGGAGUAG